GUGGGGGAUCAGUGAGCGGAAGUGUGCCGGGUAGCGCUGAGUGUGUGUGUGUGUGUGUGUGUGGAGGGGAAAGCGGGGCUUUAAACCGGUGGAGGAGGUCUAAAUAUAUAUUCUAAAUAUAUAUUUGUAAUUAAACUUUUAAAGCGAGUGCUCGCUUGGACCAUGCGGGGCGAGGAGUCGUCCGAUUCCGAGUCCGGCAGGAUGGAGGAGAGCUCGGUCCGCAGCAGCCUGGACGCGCUGUGUCAGGAGCUCAACAUGGACGCGCACACGGCCGCGGAGACCAUGGACUCCUUCACGGCCAUCUGGAACACCUACACCCUCGAGGGAGAGGUGGUCCACUGGUUGGCCUGUUCCCUGUAUGCAGCCUGCAGGAAGGGCUCCACCCCCACGGUGGGGAAAGGCCUGAUGGAGGGGAACUGUGUCUCGCUCACCAGGAUCCUUCGGACGGCCAAACUCAGUCUGAUCCAGUUCUUCUCCAAGAUGAGGAAGUGGGCCGACAUGUCGAACCUCCCUCAGGACUUCCGGCUCCGCAUGGAGCGGCUGGAGCGCAACUUUGAGGUUUCCACGGUGAUCUUCAGGAAGUUUGAGCCCAUCUUUAUGGACAUGUUCCAGAACCCCCAGGGGGGGGGGAGGCCCCGGCAGCCACGCAGCAGGAAGCACAGGCGUCUGCCGUGUCACAUCAGCGAUGUGUUCAAGUUCUGCUGGACUCUGUUCGUCUACACCAAAGGUAACUUCCGGAUGAUCGGUGACGACCUGGUGAACUCGUACCACCUGCUGCUCUGCUGUCUGGACCUGGUGUUCGGCAACGCGUUGCUCUGCAACAACAGGAAGGACCUCAUCAACCCCACCUUCAAAGGUCUGCCGGCUCUGUACCGCGCUGACGGCCUCGUGUCCUCAGACGAACCUCCUCCGUGUGUGUUGGAGCGUCUGUGUGAGCUGCACGACGGCCUGGUGGUCGAGGCCAAAGGCAUCAAGCAGCACUACUUCAGACCGUACAUCCAGAAGCUGUUCCACAGACAGAUCCUGAAAGGCAACGAGGAUCAUCUGACUGAACUGUUGGAUCCUCAGAGCUUCAUUGAUAACAACAAAGCCAUAAACAGGGAGUACGAGGAGUACGUGUUGACGGUCGGAGACUUCGAUGAGCGAGUGUUUCUGGGAGCCGACGCAGACGAGGAAAUCGGGACUCCGAGGAAAAUCGUUCAGGAGCCGUCGGCCAAUCAGAUGACGGCUCAGAGCCAGCUGCAACAACACGUAGAGAAGUCGGGCUCGCUCGCCCCCUCCACCCCUCUGACGGGGCGGGUCUACCUGAAGGAGAAGGACCUGCUCGUCACUCCCGUCUCCUCGGCGACGCAGAGCGUCAGCCGGCUGCAGAGCAUGGUGGCCGGGCUGAGGACGGCGCCCAGCGAGCAGCUGGUGCAGGUCUUCAGGUCGUGCUCCAGAAACCCCUCAGAGUCCAUUCUGGGCCGAGUGAAGACCCUGGGACAGACCUUCAAAGAGCACUACACCAACGACUCAGAGGACAUGCCCGGCUCCCAUAUCGACUUUGCAGAGAACCGCCUGAAGCUGGCUGAGAUCCUCUACUACAAGAUCCUGGAGAACGUCCUGGUCCAGGAGAACAAGCGGCUGCACGGCAAAGACAUGAGCGUGUUGUUGGAGCAGGACAUCUUCCACUGUUCCCUGAUGGCGUGUUGUCUGGAGGUGGUGUUGUUCUCCUACAGCUCCCAGAGAACCUUCCCCUGGAUCAUCAACAUCUUCAAGCUGACCCCAUUCUACUUCUUCAAGGUGAUCGAGGUGUUCAUCCGCUCCGAGGAGGGCCUGUCCAGAGACAUGGUGAAGCACCUGAACCUGAUCGAGGAGCAGGUCCUGGAGAGCAGAGCCUGGAGCGCCGACUCUGCCCUGUGGAGCGCCUUGCAGGCUGCCGGCAGCAAGGUGCCCACUGUUGAGGAGGUGAACUUCCCCUCCAGUCUGGACACGGGUUCUGGUUUUAGCGGCGGGGUUCAGUCUCACCUGCCGCUGGUCUCCCUCUCCCCCAUCAUCCACCCCCGCAUCCGGGAGUUCAGAUCUGGACUGGGCAGCGCUCGCAAAGACGUUCCUCCGUCUCCGUUGUCGCUCCACGACCGCUACAGCUCGCCGGCAGCCGGCAGCGCCAAACGCCGUUUGUUCGGCGACGAUCCGCCGGCCCGAAUCUCGGGCGUGAUCCCCGGCAGCCCGAUGACGUCGCCGGCCAAAAGGUUGAUGUUCGGCUCCGGCAGCACCCUGAGGAUCGGAGCUCCGGGAGGCCAGACCACCGUCCUCAGCAUCCCGCUGCAAGGUGCAAAUAACGACCGCACCAUCACGCUGAUCCCAGUUCAGCCGUGCGACUCCUCCGGUACGAUCACCGCUCAGUUCCUGCUCACUACCUCCCCGAGCCGCGCCGCCGCCCCCGCGACCUCUGACCCCCAGGCAGGAAGCGCCCGGCCGCGACGCACCGGAUCCCUCGCUCUGUUCUUCAGGAAGGUGUACCACCUGGCCAGCGUGCGUCUCAGGGAUCUGUGCGUGAAGAUGGACGUCCCGUCGGAGCUCCGAGGGAAAAUCUGGACGUGUUUCGAGCACUCGCUGGUCCACAGUACCGGUCUGAUGAGGGACCGGCACCUGGACCAGCUGCUGCUGUGCAGCGUGUACAUCAUAUCCAAAAUCACAAAAGAGACUCACAGCUUCCAUGACAUCAUGAAGUGUUACCGCAGCCAACCACAGGCCAGCAGUCAUGUGUACCGCAGUGUGUUGCUGCGUCACAGGGAGCAGGUGACGGAUGAGAACAUGGAGGUGGAUCCGGUGUCAGGUGGAGAAUCUGCAGAGAAAACCAAUCAGGUCCCGGGACGAGCCGACUGCGACCAAUCGGGCGAGGAGGAGCGCGGCGACCUCAUCCAGUUCUACAACAGCGUCUUCGUCCUGAAGAUGAAGAGCUUCGCGCUGCGUUACGCAACCCAGGACCAGCUGGCGGACGCCCCCCCCCUCUCUCCGUUCCCGGCGGUCCGGGCUCAGCCCCUGUCGCCCCGUCGGGUCUCUCAGAGACACUCGCUGUACGUCUCCCCUCACAAGAACUCAGCCGGCGGCCUCACGCCGACCCCCUUCACCUACAGGAUCAACAGCAGCCCCUCUAAGGAGUUGUCCGACAUCAACCGGAUGAUCCGACAGGGCAGCGCGAGCAGGAAGCGAGCCUUCACCAUGGAGGGCGACGUGAUGAUGUCAUCAGCCUGCGACUCCCCCAGCAAGAGGGCGUGUCCAGAGAGCGGCGGCGGCGGCGGCAGCAGCGCCGACGUGCUGCUGAAGCGGCUGCAGGACGUCGUGUCGGAGCGGCAGAGUCACUGACGGGGGGGUGAAAAACCACAGAAGAAGAAGUGGGGAAACGACCUUCAGUCGGCCCUCAACUCAAAGGUCAAACUCUGAAGGUCAGAGAAGCGGAGCAGCAGCUCUCCCUUUGACAGCAAUAAUAAUAAUACUAAUAAUAAUCAUAUGUAAGCACAACCGCUUCACUCACAGGACCCUGAACGCACCUUUAGUCACUUAGUAAAGGUGAGCGUUGGAUCUUUAUUAAAGUCGUUCUUUAAUUCAGGAGAAACGCGUGAAAGCUUUGAAUUUAAAGUGUAAAUAGUUUGAACAGGAAGUGAGAAACUCGUCUUCUUCUGUGCUUUUCUGGAGCUUUUAUUCUGGCGGUUUGACCGCUUCCUUUUUAACCCGCUCCACAUUUCCUGUUUUAACCCUUCGAGUGUGUAGUAUCUACACUUUAUUACAUUUAAUCUCCUCCGCUGCUGUUGUCAUGACGAUUUCUCAUCAACUGCUCUGAAAGCUUCGAUAAUGAAAGUAAAUCUGUGACCUGAAAACAAGUCUGCGUGUUUUUAUGAACUCAAAGAAGAAAAGAAAAAAGUGUGUUUUCUAAUUACGGUCGAAGGUUUUGAACAAUAAAUUCUACUUUGAGCA